AUGGCAAGACAGCAACCAAAUUACUUCAAGGAUAAAUUUGGUCUGACUUCCAAAGAGGCUAUAAAUAAAUUAAAACAUGAAAUAAAUUUAGAACUACAGGAGUAUUAUGUGCAACAUCCUAAAACCAGAGACUCCUUCCACCAUUCGAGUGUAAAUAGUUUAAUAACUUGGCCCAGUGUUCUCGUAUACAUUCUAACUUUAUUUACUAUUUUCACCGGCUUAAUCGUAAACCAGGAAGUACAACCAUGGCUUUGUAUACAACUUGUAGUCAUCCUAAUUAUUUUUAUUAUAAAUAUUGUAUUAGUUGUAAGAGAAAGUCUGCUGAGGUACUCAGAACUCCCUAGACGUAUACGAGGAUUAUUAGAUUUAUUAGAUAAAGCCGAACAAAGUUGCAACUGGAGUUCUGAUGUGUAUCCUAAUUUAUGCUCACCGUAUUCACCAUGUUUAACUUUGCAAUGGACAUAUCGAGACGGUAUGGUUAUAAAUCUACCGUGGGCUCUACUUGUCCAAGGGGACAUCCUUGUGUUACGUCCUGGACAAGUUAUACCAGGAAGUUGUUCUGCGCUUUUGACAACAGAUGAACCGAAGCAUUUGCAAGCUGGGGAUGUUUAUGGACCAAAUGCCAAUGAAGAAGUUCUGUCAACCCCUAAAUUAAGAUUACCCAUGAAAAAUAAGUUAUACAUGUUAGAAGAAACGCCGUACUUGAACAAUAUCAGGAUCGCUUUAAAUAAAUCUUUGGAAAGACCUAAUUCGCUUCAUGAUUCUCAACGAUACUUGCUGGUGACAGUAAUUCUACAUUAUUCUUGCCUCACCGUACUGCUGAUUUUGGCGCUGCUUUUCGGAUUUUUGCGAUACACCGAAAUGAUUGAGUUUUAUUGGGAAAAUUCAUUAUACUCUUUAAGUGUCAACGAUUUGUUUUUCACAGCUCCUCUUACAGUGGUUGUACCUUUGAUGCCGACAGUUUUUCCGGCCGUUUGGAUAUUUUUGAACUGUCUUGGAAUUGCCAGGUUGAAAUCAUUUUUAGAUAUAUGCUUAGAUAAUAAUAAAGUAAUUCCGAACAAUAGUGAAUAUUUAUUAGAACAAGCAGUGAACAAAGCCACGUUUCCAUUCGGAGAAAAAAUACCAGUAUGCAAUGUUGUGAAUUAUAUGAAGGGUCUUCUAUCGGGAUCUGAUUGCUUUAUGUUUAGAACCACUAAUAUUGUUCACGUUUUGGGAACUGUUACGGCUUUAUGUUGCGUAGACAAAAAGGGUAUUUUAUCGUGGCCUAAUCCAACCGCCGAAAAACUAUUUUUCUUUCGAACUGCCGCCGAUAAAACUCUAAAUUCCAGUAAGUCUAGUCUUAUUUCUAAGGAUACUGAACUGGAUACCAAAGAUAAAAAAUUAAUUGCUACAGCCGCACAUUUGUCUAAACCUACUCCUAUAUCUGUACCUGAAGUUUUGGAUAUAACUCAUGAUCGGACUAGUCCUUUUAAAUUGCAAUUUGACGAUCAGUCUUGGAACCAGCAUAUUAAUUCUUUGAAACCGUUAGGUCUAUCUAUACUAUUAAACACUUGCAAUCAAAUGACUCAGGAACAUUUCUACCAGUUUUGUAACCACAUAACCUGCCAAGCUUUAAAUAGCGAACAUUCAGUACCUGUUAUAAAUCGAAGAUGUCUUUGCGAACUUUCGAAACAAAUGGGUUUUCAAAAAAGCGUAGAACAAUUAUUCACUCUGCAUCAGCAACUAUCUACUUACAGACAUUUGCAAGCUGAUACCCUCAGAAGAGACAUCAAGUUUGCAAGAAGUUUACACAUUUCGUCCAAGUUGAAAGUUCCUUUUCCUCAUACGGUUGCGGUGGUGAUGAAGGAGAAUAAUAGUGGAGCUUUGCAACUUUUGUCACAAGGAACUGCUGAUCUCACACUAGAUUCCUGCAGCGACUAUUGGGACGGCCAAGAAAUCCACACCUUAACAGCGGCAGACCGAAAACAUAUUCACGAUUUUUAUCAAAGAUCUUCCUUAACGGCUUAUUGUACUGCCUAUUCGUACAGACCGAUUAACCAAAAUAUAAAUAAGGAGAUCGGAAAAAAGUUUUUGGAGUUGCCUACCGACUGUCGAAGUUUGUAUGGGAUGAUUACAUUGGACACGCCUUUUGAAGAUCAGGGGAUUCUGGAUGCUAAAUUGAAUAGCUUUUCUAUAUCUACAGAUUCUUUGUUAUAUAAUGAUGUCAAACAAGAUGAAGUUCAAGAUGCUGAUGGAUGCUUUGAAGUUCAAUGCAAUCAGGUAUUUCUAGGAAUGAUCACCAUGCAAUAUCAAGCCCAAUCAGAUAUGGUGGACUUGAUUGAACAAUUGGAAAGGGCUUGUAUUCGAUUCGUUCAUUUUAGCAAAGAAAAUGAAUUAAGAUCGAGAGUAUUCAGUGAAAAAAUGGGACUGGAAAGUGGCUGGAAUUGUCACAUUUCUUUACUUAGUGAAAAACAAAGUGAAGGAUCUUCUCCAGCAAGUAGUCCAGACAAUUUAAAAUCAUCCGGCAUGAUUAAUAUGAAUAAAGAAGAUGAAUUAUUGGCGCAGGAUUUUGUAUAUGAUGAUAAGAAUGAAGAAGCAAUACCCAUGUGCAAGUUAGAAAUAUCCAAGCAACUUAGUAGAAGUUCACCAGGUAAUAUAAAUUUGGAGCAUUCGUUAGUUAAAUUCUCUGAAAAUAUUGAUGGUAAACCAGAUUGUGUUGAUAGUAGUAUUGAAGAGCAACUGCAUUCUAAUAUAAGUAACUUGCAAAAUGAUGAAAAUGAUCAAGAAGCAUGGAGAUCUUUGAGCUGCUUAACUGAUAGCACAGAACAAUCAGCACCGGUUAACUUUGACAUGUCUAACAGGGCAAAGCUUCCAAGAGGCAUUGAAAAUAUUAGACCACAUAUAGAACAAGUCGAUAAUGUUCCUUUGCUGGUGUCUCUUUUUACAGACUGCACGGCUGAUGUUACCAGGGAAAUGUUAUCGAUAAUGCAGGAUUAUGGUGAAAUAGUAGUUGUACUAGGUUCUGCUGGAAAUUGUGAUAACAUGGCAGUGUUUAAUCAAGCUGAUUGCAGUAUUGCUAUUGAGCCAUUAUAUCCUCAGAUUUGUCAGAGUAUUCCUCCAUUUAAAGAUGAUGCAAAAUGUAUUUCACCAAUAUAUCUAAGCCGUCAGCUGAAUUCUUUAUCCUGCUCACUAUCAAUAAGAAGAGAAGACACUAUAUCAUUAUUUUUAAUAAUUUGUCAAAGUAGACAUUUUAUGCUGUGUUUAUGGAAUGCUGUGCAAUUUUGGGUUUCUUCGUGUUUUAUGAUAAGUAUUACACAGGUGCUGGCAGUCGCUUUGGGUCUUUCACUACCACUAACAUUAGGAAACAGCUUAUUUCUAUCGUGUUUUAUUAUACCUUUAAUAAGCAUCAGCCUAAUGGCUGAAAAGGCUGAUUCGAGUGUAAUGCGCAAAGCCACAGGAAAGAAGUUUAUGAAAAUCAAUAUACAGAUUAUUAUAUUUAUUUUAUGGUGUUACGGUGGAAAAUUUAUUCCAGCAGUGUUAGGAGUAUUGUUAACAUACUGCUCAGCAAUAAAUAACGAAUGCAAAGAUACAAAUAUGUACAAUUCUACAGUACAAAUUAGCAAUACAAUAAACAAACUAAACAUCGAUGAUGCUUGUAAUGUGGAUAUAAUUAAAUUUGCGCAACAUUUAGCAUUAUUGUGCAUCGUCUUAUGCUUAAUUACAAUAUCGAUAACCUUUGUUCACCGCGAGCACUCUAUUAUUAAACAAAGUCCUAUUAAUAAUCUAUACUGGGUUGGAGUCAUUAUAUUUGUAUUUAUAUUACAUAUAGUUUAUUUAUUUCUUAAUUUAACCACUUCAAAUAUUUAUUAUUCUGCAACGUCUUGGGUUGCAUGGACGUGCUGUUUUUGUACACCUUUGGUGGUGUUUUUUAUAUCGGAGGUUAUUAAGUGGCAAGAAAUAGAGACUAAUUCUAGAUAUCAGAAAAGAGCACGACUUGAUUUUGGUACAAAGUUAGGAAUGAAUUCUCCUUUUUAAUUGUUUUUUGUGGAGUUAAUAAAAAAGACAAAACAAAAGGUGGUUUAUAUA